AUGGAUAGAGAUACAUUUAAAAAGGAUUGUAAAGCACAAUUGAGAAACCCAGAUGAUCAUGGAUAUAUAUUCGUUAAUACUAGAAAACCUGCAGCUAUUUCACAAAGUGAAACACGAAGUGAUAUUAAUCAAGAUGUUGAAUAUGCUGAAGAAAAUUCAAUAAUACAAGAUAUAGACAAUCCAAUCACACAACAAAUAGACGAAUUGGAAGAGGAGAUAGCUACAGAAAACAGUGGACAAGGUAUAACGUUUUUAUCCGACAACAACGAGGAACUACUUAAAAGAUUAGAAAUAAUAUUAGCAGCAAUGAAAGAAGGUCAUCGUUCAGACAGACAAUAUAAUGAAGUAAAUUGCAUAUUGAAAAGAUUCCUAGAGAAAGGUAUUAUAGAUAAAAAUGAUUAUAAAAAUGUAAUUGAUAAAAUUAUCCAAUAA